AUGUUUCGCAUAUGUCCCUUUUUAUUAUUCUUUCUUUUUUAUCACUCAUCGUAUAAUAUUUAUUUUGUUUUAAGCUGGAACAAAAAUGGACAGCCCUCUUGUUCUAAUGUUUCUUGCUCAAAUGAUAAGUUAUCCUAUAUUUAUGAUAACUCCAAAUUUAUUUUAAGUGAACUGGAAAAUAUUUUAUAUGAUGUAAGGGACCAAAGAAAUUCACAUGAAUUAGAAAAUGAAUAUGAUAAAGAAUUAGAUAUACAAAUAAAAUUUCCACAUAAGAAGGAUCAUCAUGAUUUACAAAUAUUGGAUGAUCAAUAUGAAGAAGAAAAAAAAUACAGCGAGCCAGUUCCAUAUAUAACUAUUUCAAAUCUAGAAGAAGAUUCGGAUGAUAUAAAAAAAUCCUUUAUAAAUGAUAAUAUAUACAAUGAAGACACUUCAACUAAUAGACCAUUAAAUGAAGAAGAACAAAUCGACAUUGCCUUGUCUAAAAUAUAUGAACUUGAAGAAAAAAUGAAAAUGUUUAAGGAACAUAAUGGAAAACAAAAUUUUAAAAAGUACUUGAGAUGA